UUGCGAAAUGUGUGAUGGAGAAAAUAACGCAAUGUUGUCCAAGGAUCGAUCAAAUUUAUCUCAAUUGUAUUAGAUUAUCGGAUUAUUAUGCGAUAGUUACUUAUGCUUGUCUACUUCCACUAAAGCGACUGGAAUUAUCUUGUCCUCGGUCUAAAAUAACAAGCAAGCUUUUAGCACCACUGCAUGGAAGAUUACCUUUAUCACUAAGAUACCUCAGAUUAGACAGUUUCAAUUCAAUUGAAUCAGUGCCGCUCAAAAACUUUCUUGAACAUUGCAAUGUACCACUGGAAACCCUCGUUAUCAAGUGGUUCGCUCGGUCCGCAGGGGACGAGGACAUUUUUGUGAAAUUUAUUAACAGAAUCGGCACCUUGAAGUUCUUAGGAAUUUAUCUGAACAUAAAUCUUUCCAUCAAAUAUAAGAGAAUUGAAGAUUGUGGUGUAAAGGUGUCGUCUCAUCAUGACUUUAAAUCCAUAAGUUUAGGGUUGAAUUCUGAUAUGGCUUGGGCGGAUAGCGAUGAAGAAUGA